CAUACCGGCUUUGUCAUCUACUAUAACUUCUACUUGUACUCCCCGGUGUGGAACGGAUAUGAUCUCAGCAUUCUUCAUCUUCAACCAAAAGGGUGAGGUAUUAAUAUCCCGAUUGUAUAGAACAGAUUUCAAACGAUCUAUCGCAGAUGUAUUCCGAAUACAAGUUGUGUCAAAUCCCGAUGUACGCUCGCCCUUAAUUACACUAGGUUCAACCAGCUUCUUCCAUGUGAGGGUGAACAACUUGUACGUUGUGGCCGUGACAAAGACAAAUGCCAAUGCGGCCCUCGUAUUCGAAUUCUGCUAUCGCUUCAUAAACAUUUGCAAGUCUUAUUUUGGCAAGAUGGACGAGGAAUCAAUCAAGAACAACUUCGUUGUGGUUUACGAGUUGGUUGAUGAAAUCAACGACUUUGGAUACCCUCAAAACUCCGAGAUUGACACACUCAAGACUUAUAUUACAACGGAGAGUGUUGUUAGUGCUACUCAGGCGCCUGAAGUUUCUUCUCGGAUAACUGCUCAAGCAACGGGUGCAACUUCUUGGCGUCGGAGUGGAGACGACGUGAAAUACAAGAAGAACGAAGCAUUCGUGGACGUCGUAGAAGUAGUGAACUGGAUGGGAAGCGCCAAAGGAACAACCCUUCGUGCAGACGUCGAUGGACACAUACAAAUGCGCGCUUACCUUUCUGGAACUCCUGAAUGCAAGUUUGGCCUGAAUGACAAGUUGGUCAUAGAUCGGGGGGCUGUUGGUACAAGUGGUCCAAGCUCCGGUUUGGCGGAUCGAGGUGGAGGUGACGCUGUAGAACUAGACGACUGUCAAUUUCACCAGUGCGUCCGCUUAAACGACUUUGACGCAGACCGGAGUAUCAGCUUCAUACCACCCGAUGGCGAGUUCGAAUUAAUGCGAUAUCGUGCUACGUCGAAUAUCAAGCUUCCGUUAAAGGUGAUACCGACCGUGACCGAGAUUGGGACGACAAAGGUAUCAUACGACAUAACUCUCAAAACAACUUUCAGCCCAAAACUUUCUGCUACAAACGUCGUUGUACGGAUACCAACGCCGUUGAACACUACUGAUGUGGAUGUGGGUAUAUUGGGUACGGGAAAGGCAAAGUAUGUCCCGGCUGAAAAUGUCAUAGUUUGGAAAAUUGCCCGUUUGCAAGGCGGUCAAGAAUGUUCGUUGAGCGCCAUGGCUCAACUGACAAGUACAACAACGAGACAGGUGUGGGCGCGACCACCAAUUGAUGUAGAUUUCCAGGUCCUAAUGUUUACUGCAUCUGGUCUCAUCGUGCGUUUCCUCAAAGUAUUUGAGAAGAGCAAUUAUCACAGCAUCAAGUGGGUAAGAUACUUGACAAAGGCCAAUGGAGGGUAUCAAGUCAGAUUCUAAACCAAGGCACUGACUUCAAUCAUGAGUGCUUUGACUUCAGAAUGCGCGAUAAAAAGAUCGUCAUAAUAUGUAAUAUGUGAUAUACCCAGGACCUCUUUAAUAAAGGAUGAACAU